ACACUUCAUGAUGUGAAUCCCACCAUCGAUCUUAAGGUAGAAGUCUAUUGUCAAUGUGUGAACCUAAAAUACCCUCUCAUUUGAAAAAGAAAAAAAGCUCUCAUUAUUGUUCUCGUAUUGAACUUUUACCACAUAGUUCCUUGAAAUCUCUUUGGCAUCCAGAUCAUGAGUUCUCCUUCCAAAAAUUCAAGCAAAGGGGCUCCCAAAGGCUCUCAACGACAGCUUCAAAAGGUUUCUAGGAACAACAGCUUGUUUUCCUGUUGCCUCAAGGUUGAAUCAAGUGACUCCUCGGGAUAUGGUGAAAGCAAGGGAGAGUCUAAAUCAUCUACAGUUGGGUCAGAGACGGUUGAAGUCCCCUUAAAUGGCCCUGAUGGCAAAACCGUGUUUAAACCAAAGCAUCUUACAAUCUGCUGGCGGAAAGAGAGUAAAUACUGGAGUAUUCCUGAAGAGGAUGAUGGUCCUGCAGAGCUGCGGGAGGUGUGUUGGCUUGAUGUAAGUGGUGAAAUGGAUGUAACCAAAGGGAAGACGUAUGAAGUUAGCUUUAUGUUAUCCAUGAACACAGAGAAAUCCUUUGGCUGGGACGAUCCUGAUUAUCCUGUUAUGGUGAUGGCUAGGAUAGGAAAGGCGAGAGAGUAUGUGCGCAAAAAAAUAAAACUAUCAGAAUUAAAAGGGGAAGUAAUGGAAUUUCCUCCGGAUAAGUGUCGGGUUGUGUUUAAAAAUGAUGAAAAAUCUGAAAGUGAAGAGGAACUUCCUGCGAAGAAGAGUCAGAGUCAGACUAAGUCUACAAGUGAUGAAAACCCUAACAAUGAUGAGGAAAAGCUCUAUUUUGGCUUGUAUGAAGUGUGGAGUAACAAAUGGAAGGGUGGUCUACGGAUUCAUGAGGCCAUAGUUCAGGAAAUACCCGCUGGGAAUAAUGUUUCUACAUCUAAUACCCGUUCCGACGAGUCAGAGGGAAGGAAAUAGCAGCUCAUGACGAUUCUAUUUCAACAUCUGAAAACCUCCGAUCGAGUCGAAGUUCAAGGAGUACGUAGAAGCUGAUUUAGAGCCUGGUAACGUGGGAAUGUUUUUUCAGGGAUUUGAUCAGCGGACCGGAUUGCAUCUCCUAGUUGUCUAUUAUUUCUAUGUUCGUCAGUAUGAUCAUAUUUCAAGUUAUUUACUUGUAAUAUGCAUUGCUAGGACUGUAGUUAUUUAGCUAUGGUUUGAAUAAAAACUAUAGACUUAAAGACUCUUUCUCCAGAACUGUUCUGUUUGUCUUA